UGUAUGUAGGAUCGCCUGUCUUAGCAUUCAUAGCACACGUCGCAGAGGAAAGGGAGAUCGCGCAGAUGCCAGUUUUAAUAGAAGUCUAUUCAAAACAGAUCUGUAAUGUGCCACAUGCGGUCAUAAAAAAUCAUCUUUGAUUCCCUGAGGAGGUGAGAAGUUGCUGAGGAGACAAACGGUAUCAUCAUCGUGUAACUUCAACCCCACAAGCAACAGAUUGCGUAAGUCUGCAAGCUCCCUACACUGCCGGUGCUUGAGCCGUGACCUAUAUGAAGUCGCUCCCUCAGCCUGGCCACACAUAUGCUCGGGAUAGAGAGAGGAGCCACGACCCAUGAAUGAUACAACAGCAUACUGCAUAACACCAUGACACGCUGACAGCCCGGCGUCUGAUGGUUGCCAUAGCAACGUAUUACGAAGUAGGCUAGCUCGGAUGUUGUCACUUACAUCUUUCUCCUAUGAUUGUUACAGUUUGGUUGAUGACUUUUCUGUCGGCGGCCUCAAAGAACACAGAGUGCCACUCGGAUAACGAUGUCAUAGACUGCUUCUACUGCACGACGGUCUCCCCCUCCCGCGACGACUACUGUGGGGACCCUUUCAACACAACUCACCCCCAGCUAACCAAGGUGCCAUGCAAGGGAUACUGCGCCAAGUGGGUCACAGAACUCGCUUCCGGCGCUGUACAUUACACACGCACUUGCUCCAAAGAUAUCAACAUGAAGAUGCACAAGCACCUGGUGUGUAUGAAAGAGAGGGGGUCUCGAUACGGCCAUCUUUGCUUCUGCGACCAGACUGAUUGCAAUGCCGCAGUGCCUGCUGGUACUUCCGGUUCGUGGGCCGCAACCUUGACCUUAACUGCUCUACAGUUUUUUCUGAUGAAUAUUUUCCCAACAUGAUAUUCUUUCGAGCACUUAGAACUGUGGUUAAUAUUUAUAUCUGUCGGCCCAGCCGCAUGGGAAAUUGUGUCCUGAUUAUUGUAUGACAAGUAUUGUCAGUAUUUGCCUUCGCAUGACAUGCAGUGUAUCAGGGUUUUGUAAUGUACAUUUUCCAAGUCACUUUAUUGAAGUCAUUUUGACACAUUUUAUAUUGUUGAUCAAUGUUUGUUGAUAUUAUAUCAGUAUUUCAUUUUCACAUUUUUAUAUGAUUUGAACUGUUGUGACAGGAAAUGACGCUUUUUGGCUUAUAAAUUUCCCCCAUAACUGUCAAUCUGCAUGAUACUGGAUAUGCACUUCAUUGUAAUUAAGGUGACAGAAACAGCGUGUGUUUUACAGGUAAUCAGUCCUUUGUUCGCUGGAAUAUUAAUGUAUAGUUGUAAGCUUUAUUGAAACAAGUGGAAUUCGACAUUACUGAACAAGAGCAUGGACGGACUCGCGUGUAACGUGUUUUGAUCUUACAUUUGAUGUGGUUCGAUAAAAAUAUAUUUGUAACGAACAAUGAUUAUUUCAUGCCAUGGUUAAGUAUGGAAAAUGAAAUUUCAAAAACACUGUCAAAGUAAUUCUUAAGUUGGGGCGAACGUAAAUGAGGUCUGACGUUGCGUUCAAGACACCUGCACUUUCUAAUCAUGCAGGUAUGUCUGAGUGUGUGUGUGCUGUAAGAGGGCUAUGCUACCCAACGAUAUUUGAUUCCGAGCUCGAUUAGUCGAUGUUGAGCGUUUAAAAAGUAACACCAAUUCCAUCCUUAUUCUGGAAUCACUGGGUGUCACUUCUUUACUGUCAAUAAAGUAGAAUACGAACGAAAACAAUUUUUUUGAUAUCUUGUAAAGGAUAUCCUAAAAGUCACCGUCCGUGAUUAAAAUUUAACAAAAACUUUGUAAAAUAGCAAUAAAAACACAAAAAACGUACUCGUAUUUCCGCCUAUUACGGAAACACCCGACAGUUAAUGAGCAGAGGGGGUAUCACGUGACAUGCCAUCAUAUGUGCCUGCUGCUGCUGGCUUCCUCGUGGAUUUUACC